AUGGAGGAGUGGUUGGACCGUUACUACAACCUGCGGAGAAGAACGGGAUACGAUCGGCCAAACUUUUUCGUCACGAACCGCGGCGAGAAGAUCGUCAAAAUUUACGACGAUGUGACGAAGAUAUUCGGCCAGAAACUGACGGCUUCCAUUUUCAGGAAAAUGGUAGAGACGUCCGGCCGCGAUCACGAUGCUGUAACGUCUGGGGCAAUCGCCCAGGCGUUACAGCACUCGGAUCGAACGGCAAACCAGUAUUACCGUCUGCCCGACGCCACCGAAGCGCUUCGGCGGAAUAAACAGAUAGAGACCGUUGACCACACGGCGUUGGUCAAGUCAUACGUUGACAAGAAUUUUGAAGAUCUGUUCCCGCUGGAACCAUACAUAAAAUUCGACGCAGAAGAAUGGCGGGCCAAGAUCCGGGACUGCCAGGCAUUUGAAGAGUACCCGUCGGCCACCAUCGAUCUGUUCUACGUGGAAAAACUUGGAGACAAAUUCUAUGGUGCCAUAAUGGACAAAGCGACAUUUGCAGUAAAGGAGGGUAUCUUCACCCUCGACGAAGCCGCACGUCGCUACGGCAUUCCUGAAACCACGCUCCGUCAGCACCUUAUUCGCGAGAAGAUUGUGCCUAAAAGGGCGAAACGUUCCUACACCAAAAGAGGUGACAACGUAGAACUUUCGAGGGCCGUGCAACUUGUGAUGGAUGGCAUGUCCAUUGGGAGAGCUGUGAGGGAGACCCAAGUCGCCAAGACGACGCUUCGGAAAGCUCUGGCUCUCCACAAAGAGGACGCUAAGAUUUCAUUGGAUUAUCCUGUACUACCGGCCUUCUCAGGCCUAUUUGUCAAUUCGCUUUAUAUCCCUUCAACUAGCACAGAAAAAAAUUCUCAAUCUAUACAGGAAACUUCCAUUUCUUCAUUUCAUAAUGUUCCAAAUAUUGUAGAAUCAAUGUCAAUGAAAACUGUAAUUUAUCUAAUGCAGAUCAGUAUAAUAAUAAUUCAAUAA